CUGUUACUGCUACGAGACUGCAUCUCUCUUCCCUUUCCUCUUCUUCAGAGAAACCAGAGCCGUUCGCCAUGUCCGACCACAAUCAACACGAACACCAUCACCAUCUAUUCCGACCUCAUCGUCUCUCACUCCCUCCACGCACCCCUACCCCGGCGUCGUCCACCCCAUCGAGACCUUACCCUCUAUAUCCUUCCUACACUGCAGCAACUCCCACACCAACCCCUUCCACCUCCAAGUACCGUCUCUCUUCUUUCCCUUCCUCCAACAAUAGACAAAACAACAACCCCUUUUCUUUCUCAUCUCUAUUCCUUCUCCUCUUCUCGCUUCGUUCUCUCUAUUCUCUUCUCCCCUUUCUUCGUUCUUCCCCUUCUUUCUCUCUCUUCCCUCUCACCUUCCUCGUCUCUCUCCUCUCUUUCCUUCUCACCUUUGCAUUCUCUCUAUUCUUCUCUUCCUCGAAAGACCCUUUUCGACGACAACUCAAACAACAGCUCUUCUUUUCUCUGACCUCAAUUCCUCAAUCUCAGCUUCGUGUCCUUUUAGCCAAAUCCAUCCUUCUUGCCGUUGUCUUUCUCCUGCGAUUUCAAGCCCUUCGAUACUGUGGUACUGCGGCGACCAUUUUGGCUGAAUUGACUGGAAUUAUUGCCGCGAGGUUCGUUGCCGAGGGUCGUGAUCCGAAUACUGGUGAUCGUGAUCGAAAUCACGCCUCUAAGGUUCGUGGAUUCUCCGCCCUUUUUGUUGGGUUGUUUCUUCUGUCGAUUAGUUGGGAUCGGAUUGAAUGUUUCCCUUUGUCUUCCAUCAAUGUUGGUAAUGGGGGUUUGUCUCUGUUCCCCGGUGGAAAUUGUGUUAGGAUUUGGCCCAUGUUGCUCCCAUUUCUUUCUGGGUUUUUGGGGUCUUACGAGAGGGUUUCCGCGAAUUGGGUGUCGAUUAGGCAGUUGGGUCGAAAACAGGUUCGACUGAUUUCGCUGUUUCUCACUACCAGUAUUCUUUUCUUCCCGGCAGUCAUUAGCUUUCUCAUGUUGGAAGAAGAGGGAAAUGAUGUUUCUAUUGGAAACUAUGGUUGGCCUCUGGCGAAUACUGUUGUCUUUGGUGUUCUUUUGAGUGACAAUUAUGCUGAAGAUAAGUUUGCUAGUUCAAUGAAUUUUCGGAGGGAAUUUUUGGUGACAUUUUUUUGUACUAUUGUUCUGGAGCUCUUCUACUUCCCUGAGCUGUCGCUUUGGGGGUUAGUAUUCUGUGGUUUCUUGCUCUGGAUUUCUGUUAAGGAAUUGGAUCCUGCUUCUUUAAACCACCCUGAACUAGGUUCAGAUUCUACAGAAUCGUUUUCUUCAAUGAUCAUGAAGCCCAUUCGCCACAUAUUGAGUGAGAGGAAAUCCCGUAAGAUUGCACUUUUCCUUUUAAUCAAUACAGCGUACAUGGUUGUUGAAUUUGUUGCUGGGUUCAUGAGCAACAGCCUCGGAUUGAUAUCUGAUGCCUGCCACAUGUUAUUUGAUUGUGCUGCUCUUGCAAUUGGUCUGUAUGCUUCAUACAUCUCGAGGUUGCCUGCUAACAAUCAGUUCAAUUAUGGUCGGGGAAGAUUUGAAGUUCUUUCGGGAUAUGUUAAUGCAGUCUUUCUGGUUCUGGUUGGAGCACUUAUCGUGCUAGAGUCACUUGAGAGGAUUUUGGAUCCUCAGGAGAUUUCAACUAAUAGCCUGUUAACUGUUUCAAUUGGAGGGCUUGUGGUGAAUGUGGUGGGUUUGAUCUUCUUCCAUGAAGAGCAUCAUCAUGCCCAUGGUGGAGCUGGAUCGUGUUCACAUUCACAAUCCCACAGCGAUCAUCACCACCAUCAUCACCAUCAUCAUCAUUCACAUGACCACACUGAACAUGAUCAUAAACGCCAUGGUGAGCAUCACAAUUGUAUGUCGGUCUCCCAUGAGGAAGGUGGCCAUGAUCACUCUCAUGCUCAUGAAUCAGAUUUUCAUAGUCAUUCAUUGUGUUCGGAUUCACAUUCCCAUAACCAGCAUCAUCAUCAUUCACAUGACCAUGCUAAGCAUGAUCUUAAACUCCAUGAUGAACAUCACAAGUGUAUCUCUGUCUCCCACGAGUCACAUGAAAAAUCACAUGCAUUGGAUGACCUCCACGGACACCAUGACCAUUUUGGAAGCUCAAGUGGGGAUAAUAAUAUCUGCAGGGAAGGUGGCCAUGAUCAGCAACACCACAGUCAUCAACAUAAUUGUCAUGACCAUGCUUACAAACACGACUGCCAUGACCAUCGUCAUGUGGACCAUCUUGCUGGUGGAACCACUCCUAUCGCUUCAAGAAGUUUGGAGAUUCAACUACGAGAAGAUCAACUGAAUGCAGUCCCACUGUUGCACACAGAUAGUUUCAGUCUGAGUGAUCACUCGAUGUCUUCUCACACUCAUGCUCUCAAAUCAGAUUUUCAUAGUCAUUCUGCAUUAGGAAAUACUGGGCCUCUAUCAAAGGAAUCAUCAUCCGAAACAAAACUACCUCAGGAACCACGUAUGCACCAUCACCACAUUGACCACAACAUGGAAGGCAUCUUCUUGCAUGUUCUAGCAGACACAAUGGGAAGUGUUGGGGUUGUAAUAUCGACGCUCCUAAUUAAGUACAAGGGGUGGCUCAUUGCUGACCCUGCUUGUUCAAUAUUUAUUUCGGUGUUGAUCAUAGCUUCAGUAAUCCCACUGCUGAGAAACUCUGCUGAAGUUUUGCUACAAAGAGUCCCAAGAGCGCAUGAGCAGGAUCUGAAGGUAGCUCUGGAUGAUGUUAUGAGGAUAAAGGGGGUCUGCGGUGUUCAGAAUCUUCAUGUAUGGAGCUUCACAAACACAGAUGUUGUGGGUACUCUACAUCUUCACGUCUCCACAGAAACUGAUAAAGCUUCUACAAAGGCACAGGUGGCACAUAUCUUGAAUGAUGCUGGAGUCAAGGAUUUAACAAUUCAGGUUGAAUGCGUCAAGGGAGACUAGACGAAGAACUAUGGGUCAAAUUUGGACACCCACAUCCAGGUCAUAUGUUCUUCAUCUAUCAUCCCAAAUGACUGUUGAAUUUUUUGAAGCAACUGGUGUUUUGGAAAGGGAUGGUCUUGAUCAAUCUUUGGAACUGAUGUGAUGGUGGAAAUUCUGUAGGGGUGGAUUUUCUCAGAAUUAACUCUUCUUUGCUUUCUUUUCUUUAUCAUUGUGUUUCCCUGAUGCUACCCCUUCAGAAAGAUGUUUUCUAUAGUGCAACAGCAUGAAAAUUGAGUUUUAUCAAUUACCAAACAUCAGAAGUGGUAUUAUGAAGUUAUAUCAAGUUUGAAGCUGGUCAUGAGACCAAGUAACUGGCUCCUUCCAGGAUGAUGUCUUUCUUUCGGAUCAGUUGGAGACUUGUAAAGGAACAUAUGACAGGCACAUAGAAGUGUAUGUCGCUCAUCCUUGUACUUUCAAUAGUUAAACCGGCUUUGCAUGUCAACUUUUAAUUUCACUAAAUAGAGAGCAAACAACUAGAAGUGUGCUUGGUGCAUUUUUUGCCAAAUAGUGACAUUGCUGGUUUGCUUGGUUAUUCAGAAUACAUAAUGUUACCUUAGGGAAUUAUAAAUUUGACAUCCUCAUUACGCAAAUUUUCACUUUCCUUUUAUAAAA